GACAGAGCUGUGGCGGGGAGCAGACCUUCACCCACCUCUGUGCCUUCAGCUGACUCUAAUGUGCCAUGUCCCAGCACCUGCUCCUCUCACUUGUGAUCCUCGCCAUCAGUCCCAUCCCAGGAGCCUUCCAGGACUCAGCUCUCAGUCCUACCCAAGAAGAACCUGAAGAUUUGGACUGCGGGCGCCCUGAGCCCUCUGCCCGCAUCGUGGGGGGGUCAGAUGCGCAGCCGGGUACCUGGCCUUGGCAGGUGAGCCUGCAUCAAGGGGGAGGCCACAUCUGCGGGGGCUCCCUCAUCGCCCCCUCCUGGGUCCUUUCCGCUGCUCACUGUUUUGUGAGGAACGGGACCUUGGAGCCCGCGGCCGAGUGGUCGGCGGUGCUGGGCGUGCACUCCCAGGACGGGCCCCUGGACGGCGCGCACGUCCGCGCAGUGGCCGCCAUCCUGGUGCCGGACAACUACAGCACGGUGGAGCUGGGCGCCGACUUGGCCCUGCUGCGCCUGGCCGAGCCCGCCAGGCUGGGCCCCGCAGUGCGGCCCGUGUGCCUGCCCCGCGCCUCGCACCGCUUCGCGCACGGCACCGCCUGCUGGGCCACAGGCUGGGGGGACGUCCAGGAGGCGGACCCUCUGCCUCUCCCCUGGGUGCUACAGGAAGUGGAGCUAAGGCUGCUAGGCGAGGCCGCCUGCCAGUGUCUCUACAGCCAGCCUGGUCCCUUCAACCUCACUCUCCAGCUAUUGCCAGGGAUGCUGUGUGCUGGCUACCCGGAGGGCCGCAGGGACACCUGCCAGGGUGACUCCGGUGGGCCCCUGGUCUGCAAGGAAGGCGGCCGCUGGUUCCAGGCAGGAAUCACCAGCUUUGGCUUUGGCUGUGGACGUAGGAACCGCCCUGGAGUCUUCACUGCUGUAGCUUCCUAUGAGGCAUGGAUACAGGAACAGGUGAUGGGUUCAGAGCCUGGCCCUGCCUUUCCCAUCCAGCCCCAGGAGCCCCAGUCAGGUCCCCGGGAGCCCACGGAGGAGAACUGCACCAUUGCUCUGCCAGAGUGUGGGAAGGCCUCCCGGCCAGGGGCCUGGCCCUGGGAGGCCCAGGUGAUGGUGCCGGGAUCCAGACCGUGCCAUGGGGCGCUGGUGUCUGAAAGCUGGGUCUUGGCACCUGCCAGCUGCUUUCCGGACCUCAUCAGCUCCGGCCGCCCGCCCCGCGACCUCGAGGCCUGGCGCGUGAGGCUGCCCUCGCGCCCGCGCGCGGAGCGGGUGGCGCGCCUCGUACCGCACGAGAACGCCUCGUGGGAAGACGCCUCUGACCUGGCGCUACUGCAGCUGCGCGCGCCUGUGAACCUGAGCGCGGCCCCGCGGCCCGUGUGCCUACCGCACCCGGAACACUACUUCCUGCCCGGGAGCCGCUGCCGCCUGGCUCGCUGGGGCCGCGGGGAACCCGCGCCUGGCCCCAGCGCGCUGCUGGAGGCGGAGCUGUUGAGCGGCUGGUGGUGUCACUGCCUGUAUGGCCACCAGGGGGCGCCAGUGCCGCUGCCGGGAGACCCGCCGCUCGCUCUCUGCCCCGCCUACCAGGAGGAGGAGGAGGCGGGCCGCUGCUGGAAUGACUCACGUUGGAGCCUUCUGUGCCGGGAAGAAGGGACCUGGUUCCUGGCUGGAAUCAGAGACUUCUCCAGUGACUGUCUACGUCCCCGAGCCUUCUUCCCUCUGCAGACCCAUGGCCCAUGGAUCAGCCAUGUGACUCAAGGAGCCUACCUGGAAGACCAGCUAGCCUGGGACUGGGGCCUUGAAGGGGAGGAGACUGAGGCACAGACUUGUCCCACACACACAGAGCAUGGAGCCUGUGGCCUGCGGCCAGAGGCCGCUCCGUUGGGGGUCCUGUGGCCCUGGCUGGCAGAGGUGCAUGUGGCUGGUGAUCGAGUCUGCACUGGGAUCCUUGUGGCCCCAGGCUGGGUCCUGGCUGCCACUCACUGUGUCCUCAGGCUGGGCUCUACGACAGUGCCUUACAUUGAAGUGUAUCUGGGCCGGGCAGGGGCCAGCCCCCUCCCACAGGGCCACCAGGUAUCCCGGUUGGUCAUCAGCAUCCGCCUGCCCCGGCACCUGGGACUUAGGCCCCCCCUGGCUCUCCUGGAGCUGAGCUCCCGGGUGGAGCCCUCCCCAUCAGCCCUGCCCAUCUGCCUCCACCCAGGGGGUAUCCCUCCGGGGGCCAGCUGCUGGGUGCUGGGCUGGAAGGACUCCCAGGACCGAGUCCCUGUGGCUGCUGCUGUCUCCAUCUUGACAUCUCGACUCUGUCACUGUCUCUAUCAGAGCAUUCUGCCCCCGGAUACCCUAUGUGUCCUGUAUGCAGAGGGGCAGGAGGACAGGUGUGAGGUGACCUCAGCACCUCCCCUCUUGUGCCAGACUGAGGGAGGCUCCUGGGUCCUCAUGGGCAUGGCUAUUCGAGGCAGCCGGGAGAUUUUUGCUGCUGUUGGCCCUGAAGAGGCCUGGAUCUCCCAAACAGUGGGGGAGGCCCACUUCCUGCCACCUAGUGGCUCCCCCUACUGGCCCUCUGAAGGCAACAAUCUCUGCCCACCAGACCUGGCUAGGGCCUCAGGCUCCCCUCGGGCUGUUCUGUUCCUGCUGCUACUGACUCCCCUGAUCCAGAGCUGAGGGGCCUGGGUCCUAGUGCCACUUCCUUCUCUGCCCUCUACUUCCCGCCCAAUGGGGCUGGAAUGUGGCCCAACCAGCUGGCGCCCUUGACAGAACCUCCAGCGGGCCCCACCCACCAAGACUGCAGCAGCUUCUGAUAAUUGGGCUAUUUUGGACCCAGGAAUCCUUGGGGGUGGUGGGAGGAGCAGACAAUAAAGGUGUAAACGCAGACACAUGUGUGGCUUUGUGGUAUUGCUGGGAGCAGGCAGAACGCUGAGUGCCUGGGAGGCGAAGGGGGAAGCCCAGAGGGUAGGGCCCCUCCCUCUUCCGUGAGUCAGGCCUUGGGCUCUCAGGAAAUGUGUCCCUGAUAAUGUGGCUGUUCCCUCAUUCCUGCCCCAGGGCAGGGAGGCUGGGUGGCCAGCUGGUUGUGUGUCACCUCCCCAGUGGAAUCAAUGUCCCCAGCACCUGGUGGACACCUCAGCUCUAACUCAGACCCCGCUGUUCCCCCAACCCCUCCAGGGGGAAAGACUGAGGGUGAGAGGCAGAGCUGCCCCGCAAGUACACACCCUGAUGAAUGAUGCCUCAAAAUGUCGCCAGCAUGCACACAUGACACUUCUGCAUCCUGCCCAGUGCCCCCAGGUCUUGGGCUCGGUGUGUACAUCCCACUGGCUCACCCGUGCUUACCCCUGCACUCCCUGUGUUCAUUCAGGCCAUAUUCCCUGCUAACUGCUAAGUCAUGACACAAUUGGGUUCUGAUAUAUAAGCCCACAAAGUGCUCCCAAUCUAGUGGGAAACACAUGUGGACAGCCCUGUCUGGGCAUCAGGAAAAGAUCACAGAGGAAGUGAUGUUUGAGCAGAGAAAAAGGGAAAAUAAGAAUGUGGGGAAGAGGGGUGUUGGGGUGAAAGCCAGCUGCUGAGGGUGGCAGAGUGUCUCUGGGGCUGGGGACAAUCCCUGGGCUGAGUAGGCAGAGGGCGGGGGAGGUGACCCGGAGGAAAGCUGGAAGUUAUCCCUGGGAGGUUGAUCCCAUCCCAAAUAGAAUAUCCCCCAGAAGCACCACAGGGAUGUACAUACCCAGUCUGUCACCCAUAUGCCAUCACCUACAAACCCUGAAUACAACCCAGCCUCUGCCUGAACCCACCCAUAGGGCCCAGUGUCCUGCCGCCCCUCCUCCCCAGCUUAGAGCCCUUCCCAAGUCAGCCCCUCCUAGAGUUAGUUCUCUGACCUCCAGCCUGGGCCCUGAAGACGCAGCUCAGAGGUCCAGUCACCUAGUCUUCUGGAAAGUAGGUGAGGGUCUGUUUUUCCCGAAGCUUGGGCUCCACAGGUAUUUGAAAUUGCCACAGAUUGCCACGCCCUGCAGAGGGUGCACCUCACCCCCACCCCAGUCACAUCUCUGCCACCUGUGCCCUUCACUUUAGAAUGUUGCCCCUGGGCCACAGCUCCCCCAUCUUUGGCUCCCUGACACCUUUUCCUAACCCCCGUGGGUCUCAGUUCUUCCGGCCCCUCCGUGAGGACCCCUCCAUGGUGCCUGCCUUGGUCAAGCUGCUGUUUGCUAGCACCAGAGCCCCCAUUCUUGUGCAUCACAGUUCCUGGUUGGAAAUUAUUCUAUAAUUAUUUGUUAUUAUUUGAUUCAAGUCGAUCACCCCCCUACCUCACCAUGAGCUCAGGGAGAUCAGGGCUAGUGUGUGUUUUGUCCCCUGCACCAGGAACAUCAGGAACUCAGUAAAUAUCUGUGGGAUGAUUGGCCAGACAUGAUUGCCACCUGCCCAUGCAGGCUUCACAGAAAGGGCUUGGAAUGACCCUCACCUGGCCUCCAAAACUGGGCCUAAGGAGGGAGGGAGGGAGGAGUGGCUGUGGCCCCAAGAUAUCAAAGGCUGGGCUAGGCCCUGGGGGGCAUAACUGGUCUGAGAGACCUGAAAGACUUGGGACUGAGGACAGUAAGGUCACAAUCCAGGGAGGCUGGCUAUCAGAUUUUCCAGUCUGGCCUCGGAUUGCUCUCUGGCUGUUCAACUCCUCCACUCCACCCAACACCGGCCU